AUGACGACACAGUCUGACAUCCACACACUGGCCACCUUCAUGACUCUGGUGAGCCAGGGUUGGGCCAGCACGCCCCGCUCGCUGUCCGGCCGCACGGUCACCCUCUCCAGCUGGGUGCUCGGCAUGCUCAUCUACUUCAACUACACGGCCAACUUGAUCUCGCACCUGACCGUCACCACUGUGGGCCGGCCCAUCAGCAGUCUGAGGGAGUUCUCCGAACAGCCCGGCUGGCUGUUCUCGAUCGAGCCCGGUAUGGGAGUUCUGAACGACAUGGCAGUCACCGGCCGCGGCCACAUUCGGCUCGACGUGGCCACCACGGCCCGCCGCUCGCUCCAGCCGCGCGUCCUCACCUACAUCGACGUGCGCCGCAUGUUCUUCGCGCUCGGCUCGGACGCGUGCGCGCUGGUGCCGCUGCUUGACCAGCUGCCCAGGAAGUCCAACGACUACAUGGUGAUGGCCAAGGGCAGGACGGAGCUGCUGGAUGCCAUCAACAGGGUGAUGCAGGUGCUGAACCAGGCCGGCACCGUGUCGCGCCUCAAGAGGAAGUGGCUGAACGCCGGCCAGGGACUGUGCACCGUCUCCAGCGCCUUCAAGGAGAUGUCACUGGAAGAUGUGACGGCAGUGUUGUUCAUUGUUCCGUUGGCUGCCGGAUAUGACUAUGAAUAUGCCAACUAG